GACUCCGCCAUGGGAGUUAAAAUAAAUGAUCCUUGUAUCCUAGGGUGUGUCUAUUGGGAUGGCAAUGACAGGGUUGAAGGACAUACUGCAAGAGGGGAAUGCACUUAACAAUCAGGGCUAUCGAAGAGUGAGUCCAUUUUUUGUGCCUAGAGUUCUCCUUAAUUUGCCAGCUGGAGUUGUCAGUAUGACAUUUGGUCUUCAGGGCCCCAAUCAUGCAGUCUCCACUGCAUGUGCCGCCAGUGCGCAUGCUAUUGGCGAUGCGUUCAGACUGAUUCGUCAUGGUGAUGCUGAUGUGAUGGUUGCUGGUGGCGUGGAAGCUUGUAUUCUGCCCUUGGCCAUGGCAGGCUUUUGCAAAAUGCGUGCCUUGACUACCAAGUUUAAUGACAAUCCUCAUGAGUCGUCAAGGCCAUUUGAUAGAGAAAGAAGUGGUUUUGUGAUGGGGGAGGGAGCAGGAGUCAUGAUAUUGGAGGAAUAUGACCAUGCUGUCAGCCGUGGUGCUCGGCUGUAUGCUGAACUUGUUGGUUACGGUCUUUCAGGGGAUGCCUAUCAUAUUACAGCCCCAUCAGAGGGAGGGCACGGGGCAUAUUUAGCGAUGAAGAACGCAUUGAAAGAUGCUGAUCUCAAACCAGAGGAUGUGAAUUACAUUAAUGCGCAUGCUACAUCUACUCCACUUGGAGAUGCAGGAGAGAACAGCGCCAUAAAGACGUUACUUGGACAGCACUCAAGAAAUGUUCAAGUUUCUUCCACUAAAGGAGCUGUUGGCCAUCUAUUAGGAGCGGCUGGUGCAGUAGAGGGUAUAUUCACUGUGCUUGCUAUACACCAUGGCGUUGUACCACCCACAUUAAACCUCCACAACGUUGACUCAAAGGAAUUUAACUUGAACUACGUACCACUGACGUCACAGACCCUAAACGGGGCUUCGCAACGACGGAGAACAGCGCUCACUAACUCAUUUGGCUUUGGUGGUACGAAUGCUUCCUUGUGUUUCGCAUCCUCGUGAAACUUCUAAAGUACUUCGAAUGUGGUCGCAAUAAUUCGUGACCGAGAUGAAGUUCUGUAGAAUUUCUGACGGCCUCCUGGGUCAGCGUGGGAGGAGUCUCAGAAGAGCCUCCGACCUGUCAUUAAACAAUCACAAAUAAGUGUCCUUUCGGGACCGUAACUAAUAUCUUAAGUAAUGGCCUCAGCUCACAAAUUUCACGCAAGUGGAUAAGACAUGAACAACUUGCGAAAGAAGAGUUGAAAUUGAAAACAUUUAAUUCAAGAAAAUACUGUGUCGGACAUAAAUUGCAAGUAACUCUUUUUAAUCAAGUGUAUUUCUUGAUUCAGCAGAGGAACGUGCUGUUAUCAUUUGACAUGACCAAAUUAAAAUUCAUCAGUCAAAUGGUUUUUAAGUACGA